AUGCCUCUUUGUGACCAAUGUAAAAAAUGGACACAAGGAGAGCUCUUACGUGGUAUCUGUGAGCCAUGUGUCAUAGGCUUUCUGAACCGCCCCUCUCAAUCAACCUCAUCAGCCGGUCCCUCUACUCAUGUACCACCCACCCAACCAAUCCUCACAAACCCAUUCACUGCAAUCUCCAGACAACCAAAGGCGUUCCUGCCAUCUCAUCAGCCUAUUCCAAAGAAUCCAAUUCGUCCUUCCCUAUUCCUCUCCAAAUCAUCCCCAAGCCCCCUCCAUGCUGGCGCCAAUGCUUAUUCCCGUCACCUUGCCAAAGAGGCUCGAAUGGGCAAGUCGAAGGACCCCAGCAAACCACCGUCCAAAAAGACAAUAGAGUCUUCACUAUUUCUGUACCAAGAUGGAACUCUGUGGGAGAAGAAAGGCCUCUUCUGUUGCAAAAAAACGGCCAUCCUGACAGAUCCUUCCCUCUAUGAGAACCUUUGCUACCAACUCUGGGAAGUUUUUUCUGAAGAAAUCAUUAAACAAACCGAGAUCGAAUCACUCCCAUACUUCCCCAGGGAUUCUCUCUCACUCUGCCAAGGAAUAUCAAGAAUCCCCUCGCAAACAGUCCUCCAAAACAUCAUCCAAGAGACCACCAGCCGAAAAAAACUGGUGAUAGACCUGAUGUACCACCACUCAGAUUCUUCAGAUCCCCAACCACCACUCACCUCUUCAAAAAUCCGCACAGCUUCCAAGUCUUCCAAAAGAGUCCUCACAUCCAAAUCUCCACCACCAAUGAAGAGAAGGAAUACCCAACCAGAGGGAAGUGUUCCAAAAUCCAGACAACAACAAUGGGCCCUUGGGGGGAAAUUUGCUUCAAAGCCAGCCACCCAGCAAACCAAUCUCACAUCUCACCUAGGAAGGCUCAGUCAAAGGGUUCAAAGUUCCUCUACUGGGGGCUCAUCUGCAGCCUGGAUUCUUGGCCAGCGAUUGUGUUUCUUUACCACUCAUCCUCCCCCCAACUCUGACCCUCAAAGCACCAGAUUCCAGCUUUCCAAUGGCAUACAAGGCAUCACUUUCCCCAUCAACUACAAGGUCCACCUCAAUCAAGUAGUUGGAAGUGGUGGAAUGAGGACUGCAUAUGCAGCUGAGGUGAAGACAGAGGUUGCAGAUGGGAUUGAACAUAUCAAUCAUUGGGUAGCCAAGAUCAGGUUGGAUGAGGUGGAGCCAUCAAUUGACCAACAUGCCACUGAUGCAUUGAUGUAUGAAGGAUUUUCCCACCUCCUGGCUCAAUUCAAGAUGGAAAUCAGCCAUUGUGAAUACUUGAGGAGCAAGCUCAAGAACAAGGGAGGCUCCAUUCAGGCAAGUGAUUUUAAUUUGCUGGUGCGCCAUGCAGUAGUGGCCAAUGGCCCAAUCAACUCACCAACCAAUGUCUACUUCCUGGAAGCCUUCCUGGAUGGUCCUUAUGUCAAAUAUUCCAGCAAUGACAAUUUUGCAGUACCCAAUAAUCAGCCAGGAAUGGACCUAGAUUUAUUCAAACUCAUGAAUGCUUUCACACACUGGUCAUACAAUAAUUCUAUGGGAAAGCACUUGGUCAGUGACCUGCAGGGGGUGGGCUCAACCCUGACUGAUCCCCAGAUCAUUGAUAUGGAUCCACACUCCUGGUCUGAUGGAAACACCAGUAGUGAUGGAAUUGCCCAAUUUCUCAAGGAUCAUAUCUGCCACCCAGGAAAUGAAGUCUGUGAAGCUCUUCAGUUGGGAAAGGCAGUGGACCUGAAAUGGGCAAAACCCCAGGGUUCACUGGCUGACCUUGUCAGAACCAGAAAUGCAGCUUGA